GCUGACAGGUCGUCCCCAUCCGCCCGGCUCGCCUGACUACGACACCGGUGACAGUGCUAAUUGACCAGUAGCCCAACGUAUCGUAUGCAUCUUGUGGCGUAUUUACCGUAGAUAUCCGCAAGGACGCAAUAUUACUCCUUGUGCCGCGUGCUUACUUUCGUGACUCACGCCAUUGACACUUAGAAGGUUGCAGCGUUUUCCAGGAAACCACCCACUUGGUGGAGUAUGGGUGACCUCCAGAAUGACUGGGAUGGCCUUAGGCACCUCGCGGACGUCCUGCGACAGCUCGAUGUGCAUGCCCAAAGGCAUUUUGUCGCUGCUCUUUCCAGCUGCUCACAGCUCGGCGACACCCGGCUGACGUGCCAUGCGCUGCGCGAUAUUGUGGACCAUAACCUCGAGAACGCUCGCUUCCGGGUGCCGCGCCGCAAUUUUGCGGCGGGAUUGCGCCAUGAGCAGCAGUCCCUGCUGGCGCGAUUUCAGUCGUGCCGCAGCUUAACCAUCGUCUACAGCGAGGAGGAUGAUGUGGGCUCCUGCGCUGCGGAGCAGCCGCAGCCGACCCCGGAGCAGGUGGCACCCCUGUGUGUCAGCACCGGCGUGGGCGUCCGCGAGCUGCGCCUCGAGAGCCGCACCAUGGGCCUUGCGGACUUGGUGGCGUGUGUGGCCACGCUGCGACUGCCCAACGUGCGCGUGCUGGAGCUUCGCACGUCGCGCCAGGAGGACAACGAUGGGCUGCGUGACAGCAGCUCGCACGCGGCACUCAGUGCCCUCCGCGCCGCCCUGCCCCUCCUGGAGGAGCUGCGGCUGCCGUACACGUCUUACUUGCUCGGGCUCGGGGCGGCUUUCAGCGGCAGCAGCCUCACCUCCGUCGGCGUGAGCAUGCCCGGCCUCCUUAGCAGGCCGCAAGUGCGCGGGCUGUUGCAGCUGCAGCAGCUGCGGAACCUCGAGGUCCUUGCAAGCCCUGGUGAACACGUCGGGGGCAGCGGCGAGAUUGGCGCACAAGUCGCUGACAGUGUCCGCGGCGGCGGCGGCGUGCCGGGCGAUGCAGAUGACGCGGCGACGCUGGCGGGGCUCCAUGUGGGUCAGGCAGAGCACCUGUGGGCCCUGCGGCUGCUGCUGACGUCACUGCCGCCGGCGCUUCAACGCGUGAAGUUUUCCAGCGGCUUCGGAAUGACGGCUGAGGUAGCUAUCCGGCUUGAGGCGGGGCAGGUGCAGUCGAUUGAGCGAGAUAGCGGCUAUGUGCAGACCUUGAAUAACUUCGCUGCUGUCCUGCUGCCGCGACUGGCGGCGAGCGGGCAGCGGCGGGUGCCAUCAAUCAAGUUGGGCAAAUUGUGGGGCAACGCCACCACCCUCAUCUCCUACCUGCAGCCGCAGCGGCCGCUGGCACGGCUGCUGCGGCUGUGUGACAGCGUGGAGUUGGAGGCGCUGAUUAUGGACGUACCUGUUGUUCCAGUCGAGGAAGAAGGGUUCACGGCAAACGAGCGAAUCCGCAUCACGUCAGCGCUGCGCGCUGUGGUGCAGGCCUUUGGAUGCUGGCCCACGCACGUGCACACCCUUGCUGGGUAUCUGGGGUGCCGGCUCGCUAUCAACGGCACGGCUGCUGCGGAGGCGCGGAGCAGCAGUGCAGCAGGCGUUGACAGGCCAGCUGCAGACGCAGCUGCAGCCUAUGCAGCCACGGCUGCUGGCGCAGCAGGCGCGUUUGUGGGCGUGACGGCAGAGCGGGUGCUAGGCAGGGCGGAGGAGCUGAUGUGGGGCAAGGCGGCGGCGCAGGACAGGCUGCCGGGUCUGCUGCUGGAAGGAAGGGCUCCGCCGGUGGAUGCUGCUGUGGGCGCUCCCAGUAGCGCUCAAGCCGCCGGGGGCUCUCGUUCGGCGGGCGAGCGCCUCCACGUCCUGCUGCGGGGCCCCGUGGUCCGGCUGCAGCUGCUGGACGGCACUUGCAGCAGUGCUGGCGGCGCUGAUGGCGAUGGCGAUGACGUAGGCGACAUUGACGGUCGAGGUGGCAGCGGUGGCGGCAGCGGGUCCAGUGGCAGCAGGACCACAUGCGCCCGCGCAGGGCUGCAGUCGUGGCUGAAAUGCCUGAUGCAGGAGCCGUGCGGCGGCGGCGGCGCCGGUGCGGGAGCAACCGGAGGCCUGCUGCCGUGGGAUGGGGAGCGCUGUGCGGCCGCCGGCUCAACCAUGAUCGUGGCGUGUGACACGCCCGAGGCUGCGCUACGCCUCGCUCGCGGCGCCGUUGCGGACGGGGGGCUGGAGGUGGUGGUGCUGCGCAACUGCACUGCCGGAAUCGUGACGUGGAUGAGGCACAUCGAUACGGCGGUUCAAGAACUGUGGGAUGACCACUACGGCAGUUCGGCCGUAGCUAGCGCAGGCGGCGGGGGCGGCGAGGGUGCUGCACUUGCAGCCGCAACUGGAGCACGCGGCGGCGCCUUGCCCCUGGCGGGCGCCGCUGCUGAGCCUCAGGAGGCGAAGGUGGCGGCGUUGGUGCGGCUGCUGGAGCUGGCGGGCCGGUCCCAAGCGGCUGUGGCAACGAACAUGACGUUGUUCCAACCCCAGGCGAAAUGGGCUGCGUGGUCAACUUAGGCGUACUGCAUGGCUGCAGGCACGAGUUUGCGGUCGCGCAUUCAGGUCUUGCAGCAAGGUGAGAUGCAUCGGGGACGAUCGGGGCGGUAUGGACGGCGGCUGCCGGUAUGCGCCGCAUCAUCACGUGUGCUCGGCGUGCCGCUUGUGCCGCUUGUGCUGCGUGUUUGUAUUCAUAUGCGCAUGACAGGCACGGCGGCGAGGUAGGAGGUUGAUGUGCCGAUCUAGUGACAUGGCCCCGUGCCCGUGGUGACGGCGGAUCGAUGGAGGCACCAAAAGGCAUCACCUUGAUGAUUGGUUCACCAUGGUCCCAACAGCCUGAGCAAUGGUUGUACCUAAGAGACAGGGAGACGCAUCUACAUGGCGAGGCUCCGGUAUUGCUGUUCCCGUAUUGCAUUAUGUAUAAUUAGCUAAUUAGCUGAAUAUCGAGUGUCCCGUAUGCCGGCACGGUGUGCCGGGCUGAUUGCCGGGGUGAAAGGCGCGGUUGCUAAUUUGGAGAGAGUUUGGGGUUUGAGGCUGCUAGGGCCUGUAACUGCGUUGUCACGUGUUGCGCUGUCACCUACCGCGGCUGCAAAGUUGUUAUGGGGGCAGCUAGCCGCGCCCAUUCCAUGGGGAUGACCGUGGCAGACGAGGGCUUUGCACCAUUGGGCGUGCUGAGCAUGCGGGCCAGCGCGCAUGCGGCAACCUGAUUUCCUCUAGCCUAUGCUUCAAUGCUAAGUGUAACAUAUUUCAAUG